CUGAUACUGUCUCUCUCUUAGAAAACAGCACAGGACUAAAUAAGUUAGAAAAGUGACGCUUGGGCGAUUUGCUCAACUGCAUAUCUUUUUAAAAAACUGCGUAAAUAACCUGCGAUAAGUGACCGAGAGACAGAGAAACGACGCACGAGGCGGGCCACCUGAUCCAGGGUGAGGGAGUUAUUUUCCUUCUGCAUUCCUGAUGGAGUCGUACAGAGUGACCGGCAUUCCGAACAGCGGACCACAGCGGGGCUUUACUCAACCAUCCCACUCCUCCAGGCCCCACAGUAAUGGAGCUGGUACAUAUGGUCUCAGCAUCCGAGUCCAGGGUAUAGAUGGACACCCCUAUGUAGUUCUGAACAACCAGGACAGGGGUCCUCAACCCUAUAUCCACCCCAACAGUAAUGGGUACAUUGAAACAGAAGGGUCUUUUAUUGAGAACUACCAGGAGUAUGAUUUCGGAGGGCGCAAGGAGUCUGGAUCCAACAGUCCCUUCAUGGAGUACAGGUCACAGAAGAUGAUGCAUCCUACUGACCCUCAAAAUGGCGUUGCAGAUUCACAAGGAAAGAACCCAUCUACGCUUCUGAACUUUCAGAAGCAUCCUGAGAUACUGCAACCGUAUGAUCCAGAGACCAACUCCCUGAACAUUGAAGGGGUCCACAGUCUGCCUUCAAGGCCUGUGUCCCUGGCUGAGACUGGAAACAAACCCCAGAGAUCCUCUUCCACACCAACAGUUUCUCCUGUGCCCCAUGUCAGGUCAUCAAGCCUGAACAAGGAUAAAGCUCCUUCACAGCCAGACAAAAGGCAAUCUCCCUUCCAGAUCCAGGCCAACACAGCCCAUCCUAAGCCCAAGACACAGCCUGAGUCUUUGCCACCAGUCCAGGUCGCUGAGUCUCAAACCAAGUCUCAACCACAAGUGGCCCAGCCGCAGUCCAAACCUCGCUUCACAAACCUGAAUCCACCUCAGUCCAAGACGACCUCUAAAACUCAGCCUCCCCACCAACCAGUGCCUUCAGCCCAGCCUCAGCCCUCCAACGUGUCAAGUCCCUCAAGUGAGCAAAACAAGACCCCGUGCAGAUCCCCCAGUUCUAUGAGCAGUGCCAACUCCAGCCUCGAGCGCCCCCGCCGUGAGCCCGAUGUCCUUCCUCUACGGAGGACCGACUCCAGUGGACCUGUUCUUCAGUCCUCUUCUCGCUCCCGCCACUCUUCUACAUCUUCCACCUCGAAGGUCCUUCUGGAUGAACAGAUGGAGGCCCUGUAUGCAGACACCAUCAACCGCCACGAGAACCGGCGCUACAUCCCUUUCCUCCCUGGUUCGGGCAGGGACAUCGACACAGGCUCUAUACCUGGUGUUGAUGAGCUAAUUGAGAAGUUUGAUGGCAAAGAUGGCAGCCAACAGCGGAGGGGCAGAGCUGGACGCAGAAACAGAAUCAAUCCAGAGGACAGGAAGCGCUCACGCAGUGCAGACAGUGCCUUCGGCCUGCGAGAAGGCUCUAGCUUUUUAGAUGAGCCAAGCCGGCACCGGGGCACAUCAAUGGAGCAUGUCCUUCGUCCUUCACAACUACGACUGCAGAAGACAGCCGGCGGUCAAGACUCCUUGCUCAUGGCUGUCGAUAACAGGGCCGAGUCCAGGGCUCCAUCUCGUGUCACCAGCGCGCCCGGCUCCCCACAAAGCACCAUCUCUAAAGGUGUUGGUUACAUCCAGGGAUACAAAAAGCCGCAGACACGCUCCUCUUCUCUGCCAUUCAAGAGUAAAGAGGGCGAAGACAGCACCUCUUUAGCUGGAAAGGUUUCUACAACAUCACUGUCAACGUCGCUAUCAAAGUCGUCUUCCAGUGCAGACAAAAAGGCCAGCACAGAGGCAGAUGUACAGGCAACACCUGAUCUUCUGAAAGGCCAGCAGGAGCUUUCACAACAAACACAUGAAGAGACUGCAAAACAAAUUUUGUUUAAUUACCUUAAGGACGGAAGCAACGAUAAUGAUGAAACAACUAAGAGAAAGGUCAACCUUGUCUUUGAGAAGAUUCAGACCUUGAAGUCUCGGGCCACAGCGAGUGCACAAGGCGACAACAAAUCCUUGAACCUCACUGCACAGACCAAAGCCCUCCAGGACCAAUAUGCUGAGCUGGAGAAAGAAAAGGCUCAACUGAAAAGACAACUUGAGGAACAAAGCAUGAAGACUCAGGCUGACAAGAAGGCAGCUGCCGGUUUGAAGGAGCUGCAGGAGGAGUGCAAACGUCUGAAGGAAAAACUGGACAAAACAGAAGCCGAGCUUCAGACCACAGUCGAAGAGUUGUUCCAAGUGAAGAUGGACAGGGAGCAAUACCAGACACAGAUCAGAGACCUGCAGGACCAGCUGUCAGAGAUGCACGAUGAGCUGGACUCAGCCAAGAAGUCAGCUGCUGAUGGAGAGAAAGACAUGAUCAUGGCGGACAUGAUGCAACUGAAGGUAGAGAUGCAGGAAGCACUCUUGGCCAAGGAGGAUCAGGAGGAGGUGCUGAGGAGGCGAGAGAGGGAGCUUACGGCCCUGAAAGGAGCCCUGAAGGAGGAAGUGGCCGCUCACGAUCAGGAGGUGGACAAGAUGAGGGAGCAGUAUGAGAAGGAGAUAAGCAAGCUGCAAGCGUCUUUGGAGGAGGCCAAGCAGAGCAGUGCAUCCGCUGUCCGUGAGAAGACUGAAGUGGAGGCAGCCAAGGGUGCGGCAGAGGGCCAAGCAGGACGGCUGACCCUAGAGACUGAGCGGCUUCGCAGGCGGGCACAGGAGCUGGAAAAUGAGGUGGCCAAACUCAACCGCAUCAUCGAUGAGGCCAAACUACAGGAGAGCAGGCUGGGAGACAGAUCUGGCCGACUGGAGAGAGAGAAGAAGCAACUGGAAGAGUCUUUGGCUGAAAUUAAGGAGCAAGAAGAGGAGAUGUCUCGUGCCAACCGAGCAUUAACCAUCCGGCUAGAGGAUGUGCAGAGGAACUUCGCCAAACUGAGCAGUGAACACAAGGAGUUGGAGGAGAGGUUACAAGAAGAGAAGGUUCAGAAGGAGCAGUUCAAGAACAUGAAAAAUGAUAUCGAAGACGAGAGGAGGCUGCUGGACCGUACCAUAGACAAACUUCAGAGGGAGAUGAAUGAUAUUGUGGAGGCGUCACAGUCGUCCACUCGGGAGCUGCAGGAGCAGAUUGAUAUUUAUAAGGAGAAGAACCGUCGGGAGCUGGCCGAGCUGCAAAAGCUUCUGAAAGAGCGAGGACAGGAGCUUGACAAGUAUCUACUGGCCAACAAAACUCUGCAAGAAGAGCUUUCACGACGGGAGGAGGACCUGCGGCAGUGUCAGCAGGAGCGAGACGAGGCUGUGGACAGUGAGAGGACGUUGGACAUAAAGGUUCAAGAUCUGGAGGCGGAGGCCCAGACAAACGCCCACACUAAAGAAGAUAAAUCUCGACACUUGAAACUCAUGGAGGAAAGGAUUGCUCAGCUGGAGUUGGACCUGGAUGAGGAGCGCCACAGUGGAGACCAGCUGAUGGACAGGAUAGACCGGGGAAGAGAGCAGGUGGAGCAGAUGAGGAAUGAACUCCUGCAGGAGAGGGCUAGCAGACAGGACCUGGAGUGUGACAAGAUGGCUCUGGAGAGACAGAACAAAGACCUGAAAAGCAGAGUGUCUCAUCUAGAGGGCUCCCAGAAGUCCAACAAAGAGGGUCUGGUUACUCAGCUGGAGAAUCGUGUACAGGAGCUGGAGGAGAGGCUUGAGGGGGAGGAAAGGGAGCGUGCCAACCUGCAGCUGGUGAACCGCAGACUAGAGAGGAAGGUAAAAGAGAUGAUGAUGCAAGUGGAGGAAGAGCAUCACUCAAUGCAAGAUCAAAAGGACCAAUUGAAUCUGCGUCUGAAGGCCCUGAAGAGGCAGAUGGAUGAGGCUGAGGAGGAGAUUGACCGACUGGAGCACGGCAAGAAGAAGCUGCAGAGAGACCUGGACGAGCAACAAGAAGCCAAUGAGCAGCUCCAGAGUCAGCUCAAAGCUCUGCGAAGUGAAAUCAGGCGUAAGAGCACCUCUGCUCCACUCCUCAACAACCUGGACGAUGACGACGACGAUGACAUCAGCACUGAUGGGGAGACAUACUUCAGCUCAUCUUCAGGGUACAAACGCUCUUCUAGUCAGGACAAUAUGUUGUCCACCUUCACUCUGUAAAUGAACCCUGAGGCCGAGGAUGAAACUGCUUUCUAUGCAUCACUGUCGGACCAAAUGGCUGGAGAUUCCCUCUGAAAUCAACUUAUCUGUUCCACCAGCUUUUGGAAAAACUGUAGAUAUUACACUGAAACAACAUUGUGAGAAUUAAGAGACUCUUCAUCCUAAUGGUUUUAAAUAUUAUUUGAGUUUUUAAGUUCACAUAAUUAUCCUGGAUGUCUGGGUCCAAAUUCUGUGUCCAUUUAAUUCACUCAGUAUUAUUUGAGAUUAUUGGAUCAUAUCCUAAAAGUUUGUUUAACCCGUCCCGUAGAAAUAACAUGUAAAUACUGUUUAACUUGAUAUGUCUACAUUUCCACAUGAAGUCUUACCUGAAAGUCUGUCAACCUGUUCUGAGUUGAUUUUCCUUUGUUAACAAAUGGAUAACACGUGCUUGUUAAUGAUUAUUCUAGCAUUAGUAAACUUGAAGACGCACUCUUUAAUGCACUGUAAAGCAACAAAACCAGUACUGCCUUUGUGAACACUAUGAGGUUAUUAACUCUACUUUUUUAUGCCUAUCAAAUAUCUGAAUAUUAACUUUUGUAUCAUUCAUUUAAAUGAAAUAUAUUUACCUUUUUUUAAAUGAAUGAAGAUCAAAUCCAAAUAUAUGAAGUAAGCAGAGCCAGGGUGUUUUUUUUAAAAUGUAUUCAUAGUUGAAUAUACAAAAUCCUGGCUCAGUGAGGUUUUUAGGGAACAAUAAAUGAGGGACUUUACAUUUUUAUACUGUUUUAUAUCAAUGAAUGAUGGCAAUACAUCCACUGAAUAGUUAUCUACUGUAAUUUUAUCACGUUACUCCUAAUAAUAGUGACAUUACAGUAUUGCUUAAAUAUCUGCUAGGAGACUGAAUGCAUCAUGCCAUCAUGUAGUGAUGCCUUAAUUAACUUUGUCUCUGUCUUUGUCUUUAUGUGAUUAUUGAUUCUGAAUCAGACUUCUGAUCAGUUGCAGUUACAUCCCUGAACAAAGCAGCAGACAAUACCAUUUCAUCUCAGAAGACGUUUUUAUACUGGAAACACUUUGAUUUCAUUUCUAUCUGGUAAUUUUUUUUCUCCUGAAUGGGGCGGUGUUAAUACUAAACAUGCUGAAAGUUGUUUUUUUUGCAUCAAACGUGUAUAUGAAUUGCACCACUGUGUACAUAAGACCUUACAAUACCUGUAAAGACCAUGUCUGGGCCUCCUUUUAAUGUUUCUUUUAACUGAAUGAGGGAGUCACUUCAGAUCAAUUGACAAUCGAUGUUUUGCUACACUGUGAUGAUUUGCACUCUCUCACUAUAUGCCCGAGUCUGAUGCCUGUGGAGGGAGAGUGGAUUAAGACAAAUUGCUGCCACUACCUCUCUGUACACAUUUGUAUGUUCAUAAAUCCUGCUGAAACUAAAAUAAAGUUACUUCCAGU